AUGUCCCACAGGAAGUUCGAAGCUCCCCGCCACGGGUCUCUGGCAUUCUUGCCGCGAAAGCGCGCUGCCCGUCACCGGGGUAAGGUGAAGAGCUUCCCUAAGGAUGACCCCAAGAAGCCCGUCCACCUGACGGCCGCCAUGGGCUACAAGGCCGGUAUGACCACAAUCGUCCGCGACCUUGACCGUCCUGGUGCGAAGUUGCACAAGAAGGAGAUUGUCGAGGCCUGCACAGUCAUCGAGACUCCUCCUAUGAUCGCUGUCGGUCUUGUCGGCUACAUCGAGACCCCCCGCGGUCUCCGCUCGCUCACCACCGUCUGGGCCGAGCACUUGAGCGACGAGGUCAAGCGCCGAUUCUACCGCAACUGGUACAAGAGCAAGAAGAAGGCCUUCACCAAGUACGCCAAGAAGCACUCUGAGGAGAGCGGUGCCUCCAUCACUCGCGAACUCGAGCGCAUGAAGAAGUACUGCACCGUCGUCCGCGUUCUCGCCCACACCCAGAUCCACAAGACCCCUCUCAAGCAGAAGAAGGCCCACCUUAUGGAGAUCCAGGUCAACGGUGGCAGCAUCGCCGACAAGGUCUCCUACGGUCACGGUCUGUUCGAGAAGCCAAUUGAGAUCAGCUCCAUCUUCGAGGACAACGAGAUGAUCGACGUUAUCGCCGUCACCAAGGGUCACGGAUACAACGGUGUCACCUCCCGUUGGGGCACCAAGAAGCUCCCGCGUAAGACACACAAGGGUCUCCGUAAGGUCGCCUGUAUCGGUGCCUGGCAUCCUGCCCACGUCCAAUGGACUGUUGCCCGUGCUGGUCAGAUGGGUUACCACCACCGUACCUCUGUCAACCACAAGAUCUACCGUAUCGGUAAGGCUGACGACGAGGGUAACGCCUCAACCGACUUCGACGUCUCCAAGAAGCGCAUCACACCCAUGGGUGGCUUCGUCCGCUACGGUGAGGUCAAGAACGACUUCGUUCUCCUCAAGGGUAACUGCCCUGGUGUCAAGAAGCGCGUCAUGACCCUGCGCAAGUCCAUGUUCACCCACACCAGCAGGAGGGCGCUCGAGAAGGUCGAGCUCAAGUGGAUCGACACCUCUUCCAAGUUCGGUCACGGUGCUUACCAGACACCGGCAGAGAAGAGGCAAUACGAGGGUGUCCUCAAGAAGGACCUCCAGACUUCGUCUUAG